AUGUCGAGUAUCAAGAUGGGUGUUUUUGCAGAGACCAUUCAUUCCCUUGUUCCCUUUGGUAUCUUCCAACCACAGGGCCUCAAUUCGGAGCAAAAUCUGGAGUCAAACAAUCAAAUGGCCCCCCCAGUCUUUGGGUUACAAUCAACCCAAGGAACCAAGUUUUUGUGGGGACAAGUCCAUGCACCGCAAAAAGUCGGAUUCUGUGGAUUCUACCCAACAACGCACACUACAUACACCAAUUCCCUAUUUUUCCAUAUUUUUCCCAUCAUUCCUGACAGUCCCAGGAGUAAAAAACUAGUUACAUCCAAGUGGCAAAGACGCCAUCCAGACCUAGUAGCGCCCCCGGACCAAAACCCGACCUCCCAACCUGUACCUGCACAUCACUACAACCCUCCCCCUCUUCUCUGUCUCAAAGUCAAGGCGAUCAACCCAUUACAACAUUUGAAGGAACCGAAGGACCCAAUGCUAUGGAAAGAAUGCAAAACUUGGUGGCAGAUCUGUAUCUCACACAGCAAAUUUCCUCUGUUACUGUUGACAUGGGAAGUGCAAAGAGCGACAUAUCAGGAUGCUAUGGAAACUGUUAGUAGGAAAAGGAGACCAGCUAGGAAUAGCACAUGGGGGAAGAACCAUGGCUGGAGCAGUGCUAGUGACAUCGCAUCAUGCAGUGCAAAUGCAAUGGAACAAGCUGGCUUUGCAUAG